CUUCCAGGAACGUGUAGCCUUCUAGACUUGCUUGCUUCAUAUGCUCAUGACUGAGAUCUCUGCUCGGCGAGGUUGUUUCCUGCGGUCGACGCAGGGGCGCUUGGUUUGUGGUGGUGUAGAGGCGCGGUUCGUUGGUUCGGUGGAUCUGCGAUUCGGAUAUCGCGAGGGAAAUCAGUCUGCAGAAGCGUGUAGCUUGGGCUCCCACCUUCUCUUUCUCUUUUCAAUCAAGUCUGCUUCACAUUCGAUUGGAUGGGUUCUUGCGGUCGGCGCAAUGUUGUUCAGUGUGUGACGUUUGUGGGAGUGGCUUGUUCGUUUCGGCAGAUUUGCGAUCUGGACCUCGCGAGGUGUUUUGACACUGUGGCCACGUACAAGUUAGCUCUCUCGAUGCGUAUCAAAGCUGGCAAUGCUUAUCAACUUUCAGGUGCUGAAUUCAUUAUAGCUAGCAUCAGAGUAG